ACUUUUAACAAACCUAAAAGACCAAAACUGCUCAACUGAGACUUCAAGUAACUAUUUUGAACCUACUAUAAAAAAACAAGGGACCAUUUAAUCAUUUUCACUUCCAAAGAUUGUCAACUUCUACUCUGCAUCACAAAGCUGCUAUUUCAACAAUCAACCGGCCGCUUCAUUAUACAGGUCUGGUUCAAAUGGGUGAUGAGGAUAGAAAUCUCAUUGAGAUCUUGGAAGAGAAUAGCCCAAUAGACUUCAAUAAAUAUAUUGGUUAUGUUAGUUCUCCCAAAUGUGGAGCUAUAGCAACAUUUGCAGGCACAACGCGUGAUUCAUUUGACGGUAAAGAAGUCUUAGAGCUACGGUAUGAAGCAUAUAUUCCAAUGGCGAUACGCUGUCUUAAGUCCCUCUGUACUUCUGCCCGCGCAUCAUGGGAUAUCCACUCGAUAGCAGUUGCUCACCGCUUGGGUACUGUUCCUGUAGGAGAGACUAGUGUAUUUGUUGCAAUUUCGUCUGUCCAUCGAGCAGAUUCAUUGGAUGCUUGCAAGUUUAUGAUUGAUGAGCUUAAAGCGUCAGUACCAAUAUGGAAGAAGGAGGUAUAUACAAAUGGAGAGGUGUGGAAAGAGAAUAAAGAGUUUAUCGAGAGGAUGCCAGAUCUCGGGAAGACAUCACAUGAUCAGGGCAGCGCGUGCUCUGGUAAAAAGAAAGUGGAGGCACACGAGAGAAAGAGCUGCUGUGGAACGAAGGUUAAAGUCAGUGACGAAUCUGCAGAUUCUUUUAGGUAGUUCUGAAACACAUGAUUUUGUAUUUCGUUCAAACCCCUUCUCUUCUAAAGGAACCCAAAAACUAAGAAAUGGGUAGUCCAUGCUUAUUUUUGUUGUGGCACAACAGAUUUAUAGCUGAAGGCAGUUCUUGUAUGUGUACAUACCAUAAUGUGCUCCCCCAUUUAACUCAUUAGUGGGGAGCCUUGGUCCUUGGAGAAACAAACGGUAAAGUUUUCUCUGUGUCACCUAUAGUUCACCUGUCGAAUCAUUCUUUAUAAUUAAGCUGCAGUUCAUUUUGCUUGAGAA